AUGGAGUCGACUCUACAUAGGAUGUCACAGUCCCCGCAUCCUCAACUGUCUAGGCUCUCCAGGGCCUGGCGAAACGAGACGUUUCCCAUCCGCCACCCAGAAACCGGGAAAUUACUUCUCGAGAUCGAGCGCAGCGCCAGUACGCUCUUCGGAAUCUUUACGUCUGGCGUACAACUGACCUGCUUCGUUGACGAUCCUGAUCGUGGACUGCUACUCUGGAUAGCGCGCCGAUCACUUACCAAGCAAACUUACCCGGGGCUCCUGGAUAACACUGCUGCCGGGGGGCUGGAGACCCGUUUCUGGGAAAAGCCAGUUGAGGCGGUCGUGAGGGAAGCUGUCGAGGAGGCGAGUCUGGACGAGGAUUUAGUGAGGAGGGGCUUGUGUGGUGGCGGUGCGAUUUCUUACUAUCAUGUAAAAAGACCCAGUGAGCGCUGUGAGGCUGGGCCAUUGCAGCCGGAGGUGGAGUACGUGUAUGAACUACGUCUUGAUCCGAGUACUAUGCCUGUUCCUGGGGAUGGCGAGGUGGAGGGGUUCUAUCUGUGGACGGUAGAGGAGGUUAUGCGUGCUUUGCGGGAAGGAGAGUUCAAGCUGAAUAGCGCCGUCGCUGUUAUUGAUUUCCUGGUUAGGCAUGGAGUCGUAACAGCAGAGAAUGAAGCAGGCUAUUUAGAGAUUUGGAUGCCCAAACGGAUCCGGCUGUAA